AUGUUCGCUCUACUCCGUCUUAUGUUCAUCGCGGCCAUCGUUAGUGGCGUUGCCGCACAUCUAUUCGGCAACCACGUCUUUCAUCAUAAAUCAACUGAAGUACGUAACAAACGUUUUGUGCCUCGCCCACCACGUCCUACACGACAUCCACCACCUCCAUUCAGACCACGAUGGACUCUUCCACCAUACAAUCCAAGGUGGCCACCUAAGGUGUUUAUGAUAGGACGUACCUUGAAUACCUCGGUCUCUGAGAAAAGAGCGGACGAACAGAGUUUGUCUGUUCUUGCGAAGGCGAAGUUCACUCCGACACCCGCCUUGAACAUGGUGCGAGCCAAGCGUUAA